GCCUUAUAGCCUUUUAUCCCUACAGCCCUACAGCCCUAUAGCCCUAUAACCCUACAGCCCUACGCUUCGGACGAGGCCCAGCCCGCGCGGGGGGGGCGGCCUGUCCGCCUGGCGAGCCCCUGCCGCGUUGAAUCUGACCAGGGCCCGAGGAUGGACCAGCCCCGGGGGAGGCUUGGAGCCUGGGCGCAGGCCUUCUGCGCAGGAGCUCCUGACGAGCCGCCCGACGCGCCCCCCGGGCAAUGGCUGGGGAGCUCCCGCUCGGAAGCCAGGGUGCUCUCGCAGCACCUUGGCUGCGCCCGGACGCUGCUGGAGGACCGUCCGAGCGCGGCGAGGGGGCGCCCGGCUACCUCGCGCGGACACUUCUCCGCCUCUUGGUCUACGCGGCCCGCUGCUUUAUCCCCUGCUGGGUAUGCUUGGCCUGGGGGCGUGUCCAGCAGGACCCCUGCGCGGCGCCUCGCGAGGGGGGGGGCUCCUCCCGCGGCAUCUUCGCGGAGGCGGGGUUCCCCAUCAGGAUGUUCAUCCGGGUCGCCCAGGGGAUGGCCGCCUGCACCUGGGGAGGGAGGGAUCUGUAGCGGAUGGCCCUUGGUGUGCCGACUUCCCCCAAACCGCCCGUGGGGGGUUGGGCCAGCGCGCCAUGAACGUGAACCCAGCCCACCAGGAGAAGACCAAACGAAAUCUG